AUGUCAUAUCAUUAUUUAUUUAAAUUUCUCAUAGUAGGAGAUUAAGGUAAUAGUUAUAUAAUAGUAUGAAGAUGUUGGAAAAUCUUGUAUUUAUUCAUAAUUUUUGCAUUAAAAUUAUAGAGAAAAUUAUGAUAUGACAGUGGGAAUAGAAUUUGGAUCGAAAACUUUGGAAUUAGAGAAUAAACAAAUAAAAUUAUAAAUUUGGGAUACUGCGGGCUAAGAAAUAUUUAGAUCUAUUACAAGAUAAUAUUAUAGAUCAGCAAUAGGAGCAAUAUUAGUUUAUGAUAUCACAAAAAGAGAAUCAUUCUAAAAUGUUCAAUAAUGGAUUAGAGAGUGUUAGGAACAAGGCACAUAAGAUAUGGUUUUAAUGUUAGUCGGAAAUAAAGUUGAUUUAAAAACAUAGUAUAAUAUUCAUAAUAUAUUUGUCGUAAAGUUUCCUAAUAAGAAGGAUAAGAAUUAGCGAAUGAAAAUAAUAUAUUAUUUAUUGAAACAAGUGCAAAGAAUAAUUUAAACAUUAGUGAAGUAAAUUUUUAACUUAUUUUAUAGACUUUCUAAUAAGCUGCAUUAAAAGUCUUGAAAUAUGUAGAGAGUAAUUAACACAAAAAUGAAAUAAUAGGAGUUCGAACUGGAUAGGCUAUUAAUAAUAUUUCAGUUUAAUCAAAUAAUUCAAAAUCAGGUGGAUGUUGCUGA